AUGGGGUUUGCAGAAGGUUAUAUGGAUAUGAUUUGGAGAAUAAUAGCCAAUAAUUGUUACUCAGUACUGAUUAAUGGUCAAUCACAUGGUUUUUUCCAUUCUACAAGAGGAGUCAAACAAGGAGAUCCAUUGUCACCAGCUUUAUUUAUUUUGGUUGCAGAGGUUCUGUCAGCUGCUCUUAACUCUUCGUUUGAUAAUGACAUGUUCAAUAGAUAUGGGAUGCCUAAAUGGAGUUCUAAGUUAAAUCACUUGUCAUAUGCAGAUGACACAAUAAUUUUUGUCUUUGCUGAAAAACAAUCACUACAGAUGGUAAUGAAAGUUCUCCAGGAGUAUGAAAAGAUAUCAGUAUGGUUUGAUAAUUGGACAAAGCUUGGAGCAUUGCAUGAGAUCAUUCCAUCACAUGAGCAAAUAAACCAAUUUGUUGAAGAAGCGGAAGAAUUGAUGGAAGGUGAUCAAUGGAGUUUUACAAAAAUGCAGGAGUUACUACCAGAAAACAUUGUGACUCAUGUUAGACAGGAACUGGGAGACUUUGUGAGAACAGAAGAAAGGGAUCAACCAUGGUGGAAGAUUACAAGCUCUGGUAAAUUUUCAGUUAAGAGUGCAUGGGAUGGUGUAAGACAAAAAGAUCCAACUGCACAGUGUUUUGAAAAACUCUGGACAAAAGGAGUGCCAUAUAAAAUUUCAUUCUUUUUGUGGAGAGUUUGGUUCAAAAAACUGCCUGUUGAUGAUAUUCUCAUGAAAAUGAAGAUUAAUAUUGUAUCAAGGUGUUGGUGUUGUCAAAAGCAGCAGGAAACUAUGGAUCAUCUGUUCAUUACAGGUCCAUUUGCAUGUAAAAUAUGGAAAUACUUCACCUCAGCAUCAGGUAUCAUAGAGCCUCUCAUCCAAAUAAAGCAGACAAUACUGAUAUGGUGGAAUGCUACAUGUGUUGCAAGACUAAGGCAUUUAUACCAAGCUGCACCUGCUGUGAUAAUGUGGCAAAUUUGGAAGAGUAGAAAUAGACAAAGACAUGGUGGAUUACUGGCAUAUACCAAGGUUAUACAUGAGAUCAACAAAGACAUGCGUCUCCUUUUUCAAAAAAGAUAUCCUUGGUUGCAGAAUUGUCCCAAAACAUGGCCUUUGAUGGUGAAAGCAUUGGAAGAAUUUCAAAUGCCCCUCAGAUUCAACAAGGUACUGUGGAAGCCUCCAAAUGCAGGUCACUACAAGUGCAAUACUGAUGGAGCAUCGAGAGGCAAUCCAGGACCUAGCUCAACAACAUUUUAUAUGAGAAACUAUAGAGGAGAUAUCAUAUAUGCAGCAGCAAAGAGAUUACAAAAUACUACUAACUUAAUAGCAGAAGCUCUAGCUAUCAAGGAGGGGAUUGAAUACUGUGUUACUCAUCAGCUAUUGCCUGUAACAAUUGAAACUAAUUCCCUAACAAUGAAAAAGGUGUUAGAUGGUAUAUGGGAGGUACCAUGGAGUAUAGCAGUCGUGGUUAGAAGAAUUCAGCACUGGAGAGGAGGAAAUGCAGUUCAAGUGCAGCAUAUAUGGAGAGAAGGAAACUGCUUGUCUGAUUAG